GGUCGAUUAUCGAAAAACAGAGGCGGGAUUUCUGCCGACCAGAGGGAAACCAAGUAGGCAGCGUCGAAGUGGUUGGAUUCUUCGAGGCCUGGCGGAUUGUUUUAUUUUAAGGGAAAGGACGUAACGAUUCAAAGAUGAAAAUGCUCGACUAGCGCUUGUUUGGAAAGGAAGAAGACCGUCAUAAGACCAGGAACAACACUGUAAAUACUCUGGUGUGGCCAUGGCCUACUCCAACUACAGUAACCUGAGCAGGGCUCAGCUUACCUUCGAGUACUUGCAUACAAAUUCGACAACCCACGAGUUCCUGUUUGGAGCCUUGGCAGAGCUUGUUGACAACUCAAGAGACGCCAAUGCCACACGAAUAGACAUCUACACAGAAAAAAGGCAAGAGAUGCGGGGCGGCUACAUGCUCUGUUUUCUGGACGAUGGUAUUGGAAUGAACCCUGAUGAGGCAACACAUGUGAUUCAGUUUGGAAAAUCAAACAAACGGUCCCCCGAGUCCACUCAGAUUGGCCAGUAUGGAAAUGGACUGAAAUCCGGCUCUAUGCGUAUUGGUAAAGACUUCAUCCUGUUCACAAAAAAGGAGAACACGCUCACUUGCCUUUUCAUGUCGAGGACUUUCCACGAAGAGGAGGGAUUGGACGAGGUGAUAGUGCCCCUUCCCUCCUGGGAUCUGAAAACCAAGGAGCCACUGACCUCUGACCCGGAGAAGUACGCCAUAGAGACGGAGCUGAUCUACAAAUACUCUCCUUUUAAAAACCGAGAGCAGCUGAUGGAGCAGUUCAAUAAAAUAGAGAGUAGCAGUGGCACUCUUGUGAUCAUCUAUAAUCUGAAGCUGAUGGACAGCAGAGAACCGGAGCUGGAUGUGGAGACGGAUCACCAGGACAUACUGAUGGCUGGGACACCCGUUGAAGGAGUGAAGCCAGAGAGGAGGUCGUUCAGGGCGUACGCGGCUGUUUUGUACAUCGACCCACGCAUGAGGAUUUUUAUCCAGGGACAUAAAGUGAGGACCAAGAGGCUGUCCUGCUGUUUAUAUAAGCCAAGGGUUUAUAAAUACACAUCAACCCGUUUCAAAACCCGAGCUGAGCAGGAAGUGAAGAAAGCAGAUCAUCUUGCUAAGAUUGCGGAGGAGAAAGCCAGAGAGGCGGAGAGUAAGCAAAUGGCUUUAGAGACAAGAUUAGGAGAUGACCUGUCAAAAGAUUCACGGGCGAUUCUGAGAAAAGUUCAAGAUUCAGCCAUGAUGCUUCGGCGGGAUUGUGACAUGAAGAAAAGAGUUCUUGAAGCCAAACAGAAAGCAUUAAAGGAGCCAAAGGAGUUGAAUUUUAUAUUCGGAGUGAACAUAGGACAGAGGGACCUGGAUGGGAUGUUUGUGUACAACUGUUCUCGUCUCAUCAAGAUGUACGAGAAAACCGGGCCCCAGCUGGAGGGAGGCAUGGCAUGCGGAGGGGUGGUUGGAGUAGUGGACGUUCCAUAUUUAAUUGUAGAGCCAACUCACAACAAACAGGACUUUGCCGAUGCUAAGGAGUAUCGACAUUUACUGAGAUCCAUGGGGGAACAUUUAGCCCAGUACUGGAAGGACUCUAACAUUGCUCAGAAAGGCAUAGUGAAGUUCUGGGAUGAGUUUGGAUAUCUGUCUGCAAGCUGGUCUGCACCUCCGUCAUCAGAGCCGAGAUACAAGAGACGCCGGGCAAUGGAGAUACCACUUACCAUUCAGUGUGAUAAAUGUUUAAAGUGGAGAACGCUGCCAUUCCAGAUGGAUGCUGUGGACAAACGCUACCCAGACAGUUGGGUUUGUCUCAUGAACCCCGACAGCUCCCAGGACAGGUGUGAGGCUGCUGAACAGAAACAAAAUGUGCCAUGUGGUGUUCUGAAGAAAGACAAGCAGACGGCUGAGGACAAACGGAAAGAACUGGCAGAGAAAAUCAAACUGCAGCAGGGGAAACUAGAAGCCUUGCAGAAAACAAGCACCGUCAAAUCUGUAGCAGAUGUGAAGAAGCUUCCACUGGAUGUCAGCAUGAAACCAACAGAGAGCUCAUCUCAGGCAACGAGAUCUUCUGAAAGGUCCAUCACCCGGCCCCGCUCCCCUCCGCUCCCAGCCCACCUAAAAAGCGCUCCUCCCUCUCGUGCAGCUUCUCAGCGCCCCACCCGAGCACCUGUCUCCCCGCCACCACCAGCCAAAGCUGAACCAUCCAGGUCCAGAGGUGCAGCAAAGCCUCCCCCACCUGCAGCAAAGCCUGUCGCCAAAGCUACAGCCAAAACGCCCGCACCCGGCCGCGGCUCUCGGACACUUGCCAAAGCAUUACUGGGCAAACCGGCUGGACAACGUAAGAGAAUCAUAGAUCAGGACGACAGCGGAGGAGAGGAGGAGGAGGACGAGGAGGAAGAAGAAGAAGAAGAAGAAGAGGUGGAGGAGAAAGCAGAGGAGAGUGAAGAAGAACCACAGACAAAGAAAUCCAAGUUGGCCGCAGCAUCUGGUAACCGUGGGAAAGUCUUAGAGAAGGCCUCCUCCGCCAAACGUGGCAAGUUGGAUGAGGUUAAGACCCAGGAGAAAAGGGUUUCUACUCCCAUACGGCAGACACCAACUACACCAACCGCUAUCCCUAAACCCAUUUCCAUGCAACAGCAUGGGGCUAAAGCAAAGACGUCUGGGAAGUCCCCUCAGGACGAUGAAGAGAACGACACUAAAAAUACUCAGAAAGAUAAGGGUCUGCUGGUUGAAGUGCGUGUUAACAAGGAGUGGUACACAGGCAAAGUCAUUGCCGUUGAGACGAAUAAACAGAGUGUUCGCUGGAAAGUAAAGUUUGACUACGUGCCUCGAUCCACCCCUAAAGACAGAUGGGUGUUCAAGGGCUGUGACGACGUCCGGUUGAUGCGGCCGCCAUCUCCAAUCUCUCAGACACCGGACACCCAACAAGAGAGCGAGAAGGGGCCGGCACCCAUGGAGCCCGACACCACCCAACCAGGAACCAGUCGGGAGGUCACUGACAGUCUCGUCACCAUGCUGAGGACAAUGUUGCGUUACUUCUUCCCUCCUGCUUUUCGAAUCCCAAAGGACGAUGUUAACAGCAUGACGGCUGAGGAGUUGGUGGCAUUUCCUUUGAAAGAGUAUUUCCAGCAGUAUGAAUCGGGUCUGCAGUCGUUGUGUAACUCGUACCAGAGCAGAGCCGAUGCCAGAGCCAAAGCUGUGGAAGAGAAGAGCAACAGCAACGAGGUCAAACUGAAGGAGGCAGACGAGAAACUACAGAAACUACGAACAAACAUCGUUGCACUUCUACAAAAAGUACAAGAGGACAUUGACAUAAACACAGACGACGAGCUCGACGCAUACAUAGAGGACCUCCUUACCAAGGGUGAUUAAAGAAGGGAGAGAAAAAGAGAAGAGUACGUGGACAUUAAACAGACUGGCAGUAUUCAUUCCAGCUAUUAUUUGUUGACUGCUCCCAAAGGACUCCUCUUUAUGAGGUGGAUGUUGAUUCAGAAUAUCAUCUGUGUGAUCUUGGAUUGAGAUCUUUCCUGCGUUUGAUCAGCACUCGUGCACUCUUUGGGUAUUGGCAGGUUCUCUAGUGUUUCUACAUAGUUGGUUAGUUGGUGGGUUAUCUCAUUAGUUCUGUUUAUACACCUGCGUUCAUAUGUUAAUCUAUGUUUAAACCAUCUUAUCCUGAUUGAUCUUUUAAAUCAUUUGUGUAGGUCCCUUUAUAUGGUCGCCCAAUGAGGUGGAAAACUGCAUACUACCUUUGUUCCUUUAUUUUGGUCCAUCAUCUGGUGGAAAUUGGACACGCCAGGUGACUGGGUUGUGCUCUGCAGUGCAGCCUGUACUAAACUAAACAUUAACUUUUAUUUUUAUACACUAACAACACAUCAGUGUUGCCGAUUACCUUCCUCCAUCCUGGUCGGACGAGGAAACUAGGUUCAUAUUUUACGGUUAGGGGGUAUGCCCCCCCCCCCCCUCCUCCCCCCACAAAGGAGAACUAUUACUGGGUUUUAUCAGUAUGAUUAUUCCCAUAUUUCCCUACUGCAAUUAAAAUAGGACUGGUUUGUGUUUAUUUUUGGAAGAAAAAAAAAUCACAUUCAAAUGCAAAUAUUGUGUGUUCAUAAUUAUUCAGUGCCUGUGUUAUUCCUUUUCAACAGAUUUUUAACAUGUCAUGGAAAUGUUUUAUUAUACGGUGCAUGCGUUCGGUCUGUUGUUCUGAUUAGAGCAAAGGAUUCUGUAUUUUUGAGAAAUCUUUACUUGGGCCAAUAAAACAGGUUCAGCAACACCUUU